AGCCUCGUUCCCGGGUCAUAUAAAGAUUGCUGUCUCCUUUGUUCGCCCUCGUUGCGCAGUCGUCCUAGCGUCAUUUCUGUUCCUUUUCGAGACUCGGCUACUGUCAGUGGUGCAGCACUGCUCGGAAGGCCACGUCGGCGAGCUCGCAGGAGCUUGAGACCGUCGCUGUCCCCUCGGCAGAUUCCUAUCGGUUGGAGGAAAAAAUGGUUGAAGCAGAUCGACCAGGAAAGCUCUUUAUUGGUGGGCUCAAUACAGAGACAAAUGAGAAAGCCCUUGAGGCCGUAUUUGGCAAAUAUGGACGGAUAGUGGAAGUGCUUUUGAUGAAGGACCGAGAAACGAACAAGUCAAGAGGAUUUGCUUUUGUCACUUUCGAAAGCCCAGCAGAUGCAAAGGAUGCUGCCCGAGACAUGAAUGGAAAGUCCUUAGAUGGAAAAGCCAUCAAGGUGGAGCAAGCCACCAAACCAUCAUUUGAAAGUGGUAGACGCGGACUACCUCCACCUCCAAGAAGUCGAGGCCCCCCCAGAGGUCUUCGAGGAGCAAGAGGAGGAAGUGGAGGAACUAGAGGACCCCCCUCACGUGGAGGGCACAUGGAUGAUGGUGGCUAUUCCAUGAAUUUUACCAUGAGUUCUUCGAGGGGACCUCUACCAGUAAAAAGAGGACCACCACCCCGAAGUGGGGGUCCUCCUCCUAAAAGAUCAGCACCUUCAGGACCAGUUCGUAGCAGCAGUGGAAUGGCAGGAAGAGCCCCUGUGUCACGUGGAAGAGAUAGUUAUGGAGGCCCGCCACGAAGGGAACCCCUUCCCUCUCGCAGAGAUGUUUAUUUGUCCCCAAGAGAUGAUGGAUAUUCCACUAAAGACAGCUAUUCAAGCAGAGACUACCCAAGUUCCCGAGACACAAGAGAUUAUGUACCUCCACCAAGAGAUUAUACUUACCGUGAUUAUGGUCAUUCCAGUUCACGUGAUGACUACCCAUCAAGAGGCUAUAAUGACAGAGAUGGAUAUGGCCGGGAUCGUGACUAUUCGGACCACCCAAGUGGAGGUUCCUACAGGGAUUCCUAUGAGAGUUAUGGUAACUCACGUAGUGCUCCACCUACACGAGGGCCCCCGCCAUCUUAUGGUGGAAGCAGUCGCUAUGAUGAUUACAGCAGCUCACGUGACGGAUAUGGUGGAAGUCGAGACAGUUACUCAAGCAGCCGAAGUGAUCUCUACUCAAGUGGUCGUGAUCGCGUUGGCAGACAAGAACGAGGGCUCCCCCCUUCUAUGGAAAGGGGGUACCCUCCUCCACGUGAUUCCUACAGCAGUUCAAGCCGCGGAGCACCAAGAGGUGGUGGCCGUGGAGGAAGCCGCUCUGAUAGAGGGGGAGGCAGAAGCAGAUACUAGGAACAAACAAAACUUUUGGACCAAAAAUCCCCAUUCAAAACAAACAAACAAAAAUGGAAACUUUCUGUCAUAAACUACCCAAGGACUACUCAAAGGAAAAAUUGUGUUACCUUUUUAAAAUUUCCUGUUCCCCUUAAUUUUUAUGUUCUUGUGAGGGAAAAAGUAAGACAUGUUUAAUUUUAUUUCAUAUUAUGAGUUGCUUUCAACAAGCAAAUGUUAAAUGUGUAAGCCUUGACUUGUACUAGUGUUGUAAUUUUCCAAGUAAAAAUGUCCCUGAAGGCCACUUCCUGAUUUUUCCCAGUAAUUGAGGAAAGCCAUCCUAAGAUCUUCCAGAAACUUUCAGCCAUAUAGAUGUCCUUUGGUCUCCAUUGAGGGAUGAAUCGCCCUGCCUAUGCAGACAAGCUAGCUAUUACAGAGGGUUGGUUGGGUGUGCUACUCUUAUGAUUUCAGGGUGUCUUCCAAUUGAAAUCUCAAUGUACACAGUAUAAAAAAACCCUGAGAUCAGAUGCCUAGGAGUGUGCUAUUUACCCAGAAACCCAAAACAGCAAAUGGAUGCUGGCCAUAUUUUGCUUUUCUGACAUUUCCUUGGGAAUCUACAAGAAACCUCCCUUUUCCCCUCCCCUAGUAAGACCAUUUAAGUGUGUGUUAAACAACUACAGAAUACUAAAUAAAAAGUUUGGCCAAAACCAACCAUGAAGCUGCAAAACGAUGCUUGCUCUUACUGUUUCAAAUUUUUGCAACUCUGUAGUGUCUCACUUUUAAAGGAACAGCUUGAUUGCAAAGGAGAAAAUAGAUAAGCAAUGAAGUUAUCUCCAACUUCCUAAAGGCUUAUGACUUCUAAAAAGUGAAUCUAUCAGCAUUCCACAUCAGAUUUAAAGCACCAAAUGCCUGUGAAACAGCAAAGAUGGUUGAACCUAAUGGUCAUACUGUCAUAGAGUGCUGAUUGAUUCACAGCAGAUAAAGCUGGCAGUAAGAAAAAAAAUCAAAUGAUCAGAGUUGUUGAAGCAGAGGAAUGCUGAGACUAAGCCGCAGCAGUUACAUACCCAGUGCUCAUCAGAAUUGGUUUGGUAUAGGCAAUAGAUUCUUUUUGUCUUCAAGGGAGGGAGGCAUCAGUGUCGGUUAAACCUUAAUUAGGGAGUGGUGAUCUUUUAAGAUUGACCAAAGGAAGAGAGGGAGAUGGAGAAAUUGGUAAGUGGAGGUACCUAGCCAAGAAGUUCUCAGGGCUCUUUGUGUGGAUUCCGUAGUUCAGGCAACUGUGCAAUUUAGAGCUGAUGCUCACUGAGUUAGCUGGGACUGUAACUCCAUGGUGGAGUGCUUGCCUAAGUACAAGUGAAGCCUAGAGUUCAAUCCCUGGCACCACACACAGAAAAAGAAAACUGCUUCCAUGAUAACUUUAUACACUGAUGUAUAGUUUUCAGCAAGUAAACCAUUAGAGGAAUUACCUUAUCGGGGGAAAACAUUACUUGUCCUAUAAAACUUUGAAGGGGAGGAGCAAUGCUAGGAAAUAAAAGUAAAAACUGGCACAUUGUUAGGAUAGUGGGAAGCAUUCUGGAAACAAAUAUAAGUCCCCAGGUCAGUGUAGUUUUACAAAGGAACUUGACCUCAGGUUUCAGGCUUAGAAACAAAUCAUGAUCCAACUCUGGUAUUGCUUUGGAAACUUAAGAGCCAGUAGUGUAAAGUGUUGGUGUUGUAGGACUAAAGGAUUUAACAAAGUCAUUUAGUACUAUUACAUUUGGCAUUCAUGACUACAGAGAAUGAUCCAAAACACUUAAGCGCCAUUGGUGACAUUUCUCAUCAGAUUGUGAGGGUACUGACCAAAUUUUGAAUAGCUGCCUUAACUCAAGCCUUCAAUAGUCUAAUAAUUCCUUGAGUAGGUGCUUCUGUCAGGUACCUUCAGCUCUCAAGCAUUUAUUUAGAUUUCUUAAUGAUACUUUAGCAUAGGGAAUACUAGAGUAAAAAUAAAUGAUAAAUUCAAAGUAAGAAGCAGGAAGAAAUUACCCAGAGACCUUUUUUGUUUUUUUUUGUUUUUAUUUUAUAAAGUCUUUGUUUAUUAUAGCGUAACUUAUGGUAAACACUUCAUAAAUUUUAACAACAACAUAACAAUAAAGUUUACCAAAGACAAGCAGUCAAAAGUGCUUUUUAAUUGUUAUACAAAUUCACAGCUGGAGUAAGUCCAUAUUAAGUAGAGAAAGAAAUUACUAGACUUGUCUUUACAAAUGUAGUAGUGAAGCUACCAUAUAGGAACAUUCAUAUAAUAUAGUCCCAGAGACCUUUUUGACAAACAGUAGUUUACAGACCCAACAGUUCUUAAUCUUCAACUAGAAAAAAAACUGUCCUUGAUUCUUCUAGCUAUAUACUUGUUGUAAGAGGAUUUGAAUAAUACAAGAAGUGGUGUGGUUUAUUUGGUAUGGUAGUUGGAUGUAGAGUUUAGGUAUUAUAGAUCACUUUUUGGAAUGUUUUGUAUUGAAACCCAAUAAAACUUGAACAUGUA